GGAAGUAGGUUAGUUUUUUGGCGGCCGUUAGAGGUUAUUUAUCGCUUAACCUAUUUGUGCCCUAAAAAAUAUCAUUAUUUAAAAUUUGUGCUCGGUAAUGAAACGGCGAAACGAUGAAAACGAUCGAACGAACCGAUUUUUAAAUCGCUUACCUUAAAGUGUCAAGUAAAAAAAGUCCGCCUUCGACUGUGUGACACUUAGCGCAGCCAUUUGCUGAACGUCGCAAAGGUCUAGACGCUUAUCUUUCACGAAUAUUGGUUAGGUUUUAAGUUUAUUCUAUGUUUAUCGGGAAAAUGACGAGUUCUUUAUAACGCAAUGGAAGAAGGUUUUGCAUUAGAUUGGGGCGACGCUGUCGUCCAAGAAGAGGAAGUAAUAUGCGGUAUGGAAAACGAACCCAUGGAAAACAUCCUCCCGACAGAAACGCCCGAAUUCGCGGACGUUUGCGAAGAAGUAAUUGUCCAAGAAAGCGCCAACGAAGAAGAAAUAGUAAAUGAAGAAAUCGUGAAUGAUAACGUCGUGUACAUCAGCGAUAAUAACAUCCUGGUGAUGCAGCAAGGUAACGAAGCCCCAUUUAUUGAUUGCCAAGUUGGAGAAGAGGUGGUCGCAGAUGAAUGGUCGGAAGCGUGCCCGGAAAUAGUUGUUGGGGGCGAAGAAAAUGUGGUUGGAGAAGGUGACGAUGUCCAAGAAGACAUGUCGAUUCCCUUGCCUCUUGAUCAGGAUCAAUACACGGCAGCCAGACCAUACCCAUGCGACUUUUGCAGCAGGAGGUUUCGAAAAAAAGCAAAUUUAAUGAAUCACAUGGUUUCUCACCAAACCGAUCGGCCGCACGGUUGCAAUUUAUGCGGGGUAAGAUACAUACGCAAGUGUGAUUUGAUGAACCAUCUCAAAAUUCACGCUUACGUACCGGAAAAUGUUGAAAACGUCGAUGAAGAAACCCCCGACGAGUCGGAUUAUGAAAAACAAAAACGGCCAAAGCCGUUUUUGAAAAAACGAAAAAAACCAAAAGUAAAAGAAGAAUUCGACGAUUCUCCCGAAGGAAAAGGAGCGUCAAGUUCGAGGAGUUACGAUUAUGUCGAUGAAGAUAUGAGGCUAAUGGAAGCCAUGGAAGAAAAUGUUAAAUCGGACUACGUCGAUUAUUUACCUCAAGAAAACCAUCCGGUUACCGAGCCGAGAUAUCCAAUAAGCGAUCCGCGAAAACCGUUCGUUUGCCAACAUUGCGGAGUUGGAUUUGCAAGGGAAAAAGCGUUAGCGUCUCACGCUAGGGUUCACGCCGGAGACAGUCCUUUUGAGUGCCAAAAAUGCGGGGAAAUGUUUUGGGACGCCGCGUUAAUGAGGGAACAUUUAAGAAAUAAACACGGAGAUAUCGAAGAAGGCUUCGAAGAUGAAGACGAUGAAUAUUCGGAAGAAGACACAAAAUACGGCGAAUUUUUCUGCCAAACUUGCGGCGUAACAUUUCAUCGCAUCGAGUUGUUACGGCGACAUCAAAAAAUGCAUAUUAAAGAAGAAUUUAUUAACGAACCGGAUUACGGUCACGUUUGUAAUGUUUGUGGUGAAUCUUUCACCGGAGCUUUAGAUUUAUUAGCUCACGCAGAGGUACACGCUAGAAAUACGGAUCAUCGUUGUAUGAUUUGCGGGGAAGUUUGCGCCGACGAUCAAUCUGUAGCGAUUCAUGUGCAAGCUAAACAUGGAAAAAAUCUACCUCCAAAUUCAUGUUUACAGUGCGGGCGAAUUUGUAAGGAUAAGAAAACGUUGGUUAGACACUCUUUGGAGCAUACGAAAGAGAAGGUGCUUACAUGCGGGAAAUGCCCGAAAACGUUUCAUAACCGCGCAAGAUUAAAGCGCCAUAUGUUAUCGCAUCGAAAUAAAGUUGUUGCUUGCGAUGUUUGUGGGGAAGAAUUUCCUGAUGGGCGUUCGUUAAUGAAUCACCGCCACAGCCAUAGCAGCGUUUCCGGGCGGCAAUUUCCAUGUAAAGAAUGUGGGAAAACCUUCGGAUCGCGGAGUUCUCAACAAAUCCAUUUAAGGAUCCACACAGGUGAGCGUCCUUACGGUUGUAGGUAUUGUUGGAAAGCUUUCGCCGAUGGGGGAACUUUGCGAAAACACGAAAGAAUCCACACCGGCGAAAAACCUUACGCGUGCGCUGUAUGUCCCAGGGCUUUUAACCAACGUGUCGUAUUACGCGAACAUAUUCGUUCACACCAUUCUGGACCCGAUCCGAAUUACAGCCAUUCCGUGACCCCAUAUUGUUGCUCAGUAUGUUCCGAUAUGUUUGCAACAUCCCAAGAUUUAAUCGUACAUUUAAUCCAUCAUUGCGAUUUAAACACCGCAAUGAGGCGACAACCGCAAGUCGGCCCAAGAAAAUACAAAAGAAGACGUAAAUUAAAACCGCACGAAAUCGAAUUAAUGAAUCACAUGGAUAUGGACGAGGAGGACGACAAUCACGACGAAUUCACCGACGAAUCCGACGACGAAAACGACCGGCGUAAAAGGUCGAAAAAAAAGUCGCCCAAAUCGCCCAAUAAACAAUCAUCCUCCGUUCCUACCGGUUUCAACGAUGUUGUUAAUAGCUUUUCAACUACGAUUGAAAACAUUAGCAGUUUUGUUAAAAACAGUGGGAAAGCUAAAAAAAAAAUUAAAUUGGAGCAAUCUCUUCCAUCUCGCCCGAAAAUGAUACACACCCAAAAAACGAAAGUUGCCGUUGAAACAACCGAAGGGGGCAAGGUAAGGCAUAAAACGAAAACGUUAGUAACAAGAACGCAACCGACCGAAUUAAAAUCAGCUAUGGGGGAACGAAUUCGGCCGAGAACCAAAAACGUGUCGUACCACGUUUUAACUCCGGAUAAAUAUCCUUUGGCCACUUUCGACGAUACCGCUCAAGCUGUUAGUAAUUUGUUAGCUAGUGAAACGCAAAACAAUCAAAAUGGGUUGGAACAUUCACUGGAAAAUGCUACGGGUGUUGUUGAGCAGGAUAGGAAAAGAAAUAAUAGUCUCGAACCUGGUCGAUUGAUCAUUGGGCCUGGUACCAAAGUUAUCCGGAUCGUUAAAAGUGGAAUGAUCGUUAAGAAUAAACACAAGGACGAGAUGGAACCGGAUCAAAUCACUCCCGACAUUGACACAAUGGCGAUGCAUAUAAAACAAGAGGUGUCCGAUUCAACACCUUUACAUGAAUUGGCUGAGUUGUCUAUGCAACACGCGCAAAGCAUGUUUAAGUGUGAAAUGUGUAGUGAAGUGUUUACUGAUAGGGCACAGUUGUUGGUGCAUGUGCCAAUACACAUUUGAUCUUAAAAUGAAUGAAAAAAAAUAAGGAUUUUUAUUAUUAUUUUUUUUUUUUCAUAAACAUUUAGAAGAUUGUA